AAUCAGCGCCACCCACGACCGGUCAGUCGGUGAAACUCUGCUGUGCCUGAGCUGAGAAAACGACAGGAGCAAUGCUGACUAGCAGUCAACACAUGGGACAUUUAAGAAACAAGUGAAACACAAGUUAGAAUAACAUCGGCCGACGUUUGUGGGACUAAGAAAAGCGCUGUUUAAUGCAACUCUAACCAUGGUUUCUCUGGAUUAUAUCGCUCACAAAGUGCUGACUUACAUCCCAUAUGUUCUCGUUUUGAUUGACAUGAGAUAUGAAGGUAAGAAACUGACUUUACUUUAGUUGUAAAUCUUAUGACAGCUUUUUACUGCUCAGUGUUACCGCUAGCUGGCUUCAAUUAUUAGUGUUUUCCAGACAUAGUUGAAGUUAUUAUGUGUCACUUCUGUUUUUGCUAACACUGGCUAGCAAAUCGAUAACUCCUGGCUAACGUUAAGCUAACAAGGUUAAGCAGUUAUUAUGGAGGUAAACUUAAAAUGCUUAGCGUUAAUGCAAGCAAGUUAACAACAAAUUAAAAGGCUAAUUCUUGGCAAAAACAAACUUAAAUGGCUUCGGUAAAAAGCUAAGCUGACGUAAAGUUUAAACACAUGUCAGAGCUAACAGCUGAGUUAUCUGUCAAAGUCCUGUCAAAGCUGCUGUCAGGAGAUCAUGUGAGGAAAUGAAAUCACUGAAGAAGAGUCUGUGUGGACAUGCUGUCUAAAGUCAAUGCUGUCAUUGUUUUUUUCCAGGAGUGAAAUGUGGCAGGGAUGGUGGCAGCGUGGACAAUCACAUGGAGAUGGGGAAGAAACUGCUCGCUGCUGGACAGCUGGCUGAUGCCCUCUCUCAUUUCCACGCAGCUGUGGGUAAGUGACAGGCAGAGUUGGAGGUUUGGUGCUUUUUUCUCAAAAUUUUCAUUCAAAACCUUUGCCUAAUGUUCUUUUCCCCCUUGUCCUAAUGGUUAGACGGAGAUCCAAAGAACUAUAUGGCCUACUACAGGAGAGCCACAGUCUUUCUCGCCAUGGGGAAGUCAAAGUCUGCACUCCCAGAUCUGAGCAGAGUUAUUGAACUCAAACCAGACUUCACAUCUGUGAGUAAUGCUUUUACCCAGGCAUGCAGGAUUUUUUUUUUUUCAAACACAUCAGUAUGACGUAACUGUAAAAGAACCACAUAUACCAAACAAUUGAAGGUCAUAGGAAAAAGUUUCAACCAUAGACUGUAUAUACUAUGGACAACUUGGUUCCCUCUUCUGCCAGUAUACGGAUUUGAAGCCGAAAAGCUCUCUGUAUUUCCGGGAUUUAUCUCCCUUUCCUGAAACCAACAUUGUGCAGCAGCGUUGUAUGCACUCCACCACUUGCGCAGUAGCAUUGUGCACAUUCAGCGGGAGAGUCGUUGUGAUGACGCUAGGCUUGAAUAGCGUAUCCCCCGGGUGAUCGACACAAUCUUCGUACACCCAUAGGCUGUAUCAAGUGUCAAUCAUAGAAAACAUGAACCCCCUAAUAACUUCAGUGUUGUUUUCGUUGACGAUGACGUUGACAAAAAAAUUUCGUCAAUAUAAUUUCGAAUAUAUGUUUAGCAUUUGACUGACGAAAUGCUCAUUAAUUUUGCAACUCUGUUCGUCGUCCACCACUAACGUUUUCAUCUAGUCUCGUCUCGUCAACGUAAACGCACCUCGUCUUUUCACAUUUUAGUCAUCUAAGACUCGUCAAUGUCACGUCUUUGUCAUGGAAAAGAGGGGGCAUCGACGAAAUAUUUUCGUCAACGAAAAUGGCACUAAAUAACUUGUAAAAACAGAGCUUCACAGAAAAAAAGAGGACUUGAGCACAAACCAGUCCUACAGUAACUACAUGUCAACAUCAUAAGGAGGGGGGAAAAAAAAAUGAAAUUCUGUGUAAUCAAUUUCUAAAGUUUGUCUACAGCCCCAUAAGGAUGGCUGGAGGAGGCAGGAUUUAUGACCUAUACUGCAGCCCGUCACCAGAGGGUGCUGUUUUUGAAGUGGCUUCACCAUAGACUGUAUAUAGAAUGGAAAGCGUCUGCCUCCUCGCUGGGUGAAGCCACUCCAAGAACAGCACCCUCUGGUGACGGGCUGCAGUAUAGGUCAUAAAUCCUGCCUCCACCAGCAAAGCUAAUGGAGCUGUGAACAAACUUUAGAAAUUUAUUACACAUACAUUUUUCUCCCCCCUGAUUGCGAUGUUGACAUGCAGUUACAGUAAGACUGGUUUGUGCUCAAGUCCUCUUUUUUUCUGUGAAGCUCCAUUUUUAAGGGGGUUCAUGUUUUCUUUGAUUGACACCUGAUACAGCCUAUUGGCAUUCAGGGAUUGCGUAGCUCACCGGGGGGAUACGCUGUGUGAGCCAAGCGUCAUCACAGCGACUCUUGGCGACUCUCCCGCUGAAUGUGCACAAUGCUACUGUGCAGCGCUGGUUUCAGGAAAUGAAGAAAAAUCGCAGAAAUACAGAGAUCUUUUUGGUUUCAAAUCUGUAAACAGGCGGGAGGCGGAACCAAGUUGUCCAUUCUAUAUACAGUCUAUGAUUUCAACUCCCUGGGAAAUGGAUCUCUCAUGUCAGCUGUGUUAAGUCAAUAUCUACAGUCUACAGACAAAUGUAAGUUUGUCUCCCUCUCUCUACAGGCGAGGCUGCAAAGAGGAAAUCUCCUUUUGAAGCAGGGCCGACUGGACGAAGCAGAGGGCGAUUUCAAGAGAGUUGUAAGUGAAGUUCUAUGCAGGAGCAAAUCUGAGGAGAAGCAGCCAUUGUGUUAGAUAAGCAUAGUCCACCAGGAGGUGUCAGUGUUGAUUCAUAACUCAGUGUUGUGGUGAAAUAAAACACAAAAUGUAAGAACAUUUCUAUUUGAUGGGAAAAGGAAGAAGUAAAAAUUGAUGCAUUUAGUCUUAAAAAGACCUUGGAGAACAGGAAAGUCCUGCAUCCUUGAGUCAUCUGCAAGAUACCCAUAAUGAUGAAAUGAAUUGUGCACUUUCAUCUAGGGUUUUAGAUGGUUGUUAAGGAUCACAAUUGAUAACUUGAUGAAACACUUUCUGUUCUGACGGCUUUUUAACUGUGUGGUUUCAAAACAAAAUAUUACAGGAACACAAAUGUCCUUGUAAUUUCACUGUUUUCAUACUUCACUUUAAAGCAGCUGUGUCCUCAGGUGAGGCAGUAAUGUCAGGAUAAAUUAAAUUCCUCUUUCACUCGGGGAAAGGGUGUGAAUGUCAUCAAGGGUCACAUUGCGCAGUUUUUAAACAGACUGCUUAUAUCUGAGGUCUGUAUCAGUCAUUCAUGACAUACCUGUUUAUUUCUCUUUUACUUAAACACCCAUGAAACAAUUCUUCUUUUGUUCAGCUGUAUUGUAAGUUAAAGCUCAGUGGUUAUCCUGUAAUUGUGUUAAGUGGACUGUAAUGUGAAACCUCUUGUCUCUUGUGGCCAAUAUGAAAAAGUGAGAGUACUUUAGGCUACUGAACUGUUUGUUGAUGAUUUAAAACAGUCAAAUAUCCCUUUUCGAUAGAGUCUGAGAUAUAGAAAGAUGCAUCCUGAUGCAUCUGUUUUCAGGAAAGCGAGGAACUGCAUUUCAUUUUUGUAAUGUCAGGGGAUCUGGCUCGAGGUGCAUACUGUUCUGCUGCCUCAGCAGUCCUCAAUGUUAGCCAGCCUAAUGCAUUACGUUUAAUGCAUUAUGCUCUUUUCUAAGCUGAGCGCCCAGGAAACACUUAAAGGGUACCCAGGUCUGUUUUUAAUGGACGUGUCGUUUCAUGAGGGUCUCUCGUGUAUUUGAUGACCUCUCUGAUGAGGACGGUUUAAAUGUAGGGGGUUUAGGGAAGGGUAAGCACUGCUGCGGCUGCUUUUAUAGGCAACAUUUUCAAGAGGCACAAUUGCCAGAAGAGUCUCUUCAGUAAAAUAGAGCUCAUAUUGAAAAAGUAUUGUGAAGGACUGAACUUAAUUAUUUUAGGAACGCUCUAAUCUUUUGCUCAUAUUUCAUACUCCUGCUUUCCUGGCCUUGGGCUCUCUUAUAUCAGUAUUUUUUUCCAGUCUGACUACUGACUACUAAAUCAUGACCUUCUAUAUUUAAUGUUAUGCUUUGUCUUGCUAUGUCCCAGCUGAAGUCGAACCCCAGUGACAAAGAGGAGAAGGAAGCACAGAGUCAGUUGACUAAGUCGGAUGAAAUUCAGCGACUUGUGGCUCAGGCACGCAGCAGCUACGACAGCCAGGAUUAUGUGACAGCUGCUGCCCAGCUUGACACCAUCAUUGAGGUGAGAUACUUACCUUUGCAUGAUUUUUACUGCAAGCAUUACAUUUCCAUGUGUUUUUUUGCCAUCUGAGAGCAUACAGAGUAUUCGUACUGUUACCACAAAGUGUAAGAGAUACCGUGAAUCUGUUUCAGACCUGCGUUUGGGACGUGACCUCUCGAGAGAUGCGAGCAGAGUGUUUUAUUCAGAUGGGAGAGAUGGGGAAGGCCAUCAGUGACCUUAAAGCGGCGUCUAAACUGAAGAAUGACAAUACCCAGGCUUUCUACAAACUCAGCACCAUUUACUACCAUCUUGGAGACCAUGAGAUGUCCCUGAAGUAAGACCCAGUUUUACAGAGCUAGAAAUAACUGUUUAAAAUGAGUUUUAAAGUGAAUUUUAGUAUUACUUUGUGUCUGUGUGCUGCUAAAGAGGACUAUUAGGCAGUUCUUUUUUAUAUAUAUAUUAAUGUUAAUUGUUUUUUCCAAAUAUAAAUUAAACAGACAGAGAGCUAGGAAUAAAAAACCCAGACAUUACAUGACACAAUAAAGUAAGAGUAUCUAAAACUAGAAAAGCAUGUUAUAAAACGAAGUACAGGAAUCAUACUCUGUACAUCGCCAUGGUUUCAAGGAAACAUCACAGCCUUACAGAAAGACAAACUUCACACUGAGACACUCUUUUGUAGAGUCCAGUAGAUGAUUUUAUGUCUAGACCAUUUACUUCUAUAGCACAUAACAGGGUAUUUGUUUGUAUAAAUGGAAACUACAGCCUUAAGGAUCAGUUUGAGUCUGAGUGUUUUUGCUGCUGGUCAGUUUCAUUUUAGCUGUUCUUGUCUUUCAAGAUUGUAUACACGAUGAAAUAUAACAUUAAAUGAUCAAGUUAACCUCUUCCUCCUCUUGUCUGAUCUGCAGUGAGGUCCGUGAAUGCCUGAAGCUUGAUCCUGAUCACAAGCAGUGUUACGGCCAUUACAAGCAGGUCAAGAAGCUCCACAAACAGAUCCAAUCUGCAGAGGAGCUCAUGCAAGAAGAGAGGUGUGUGUAUAUAUGUGUGUUGUACAGCAAAUAUAAAAUAAUAUCCCAUCUGAAUACCAGUGAUUGCAUCAGCUGUAAAAUGACUGCGUCUUCUCUCUGAAGCGCUCCAGCAUCUCUCACAAACAGGCAUACAAAUCCUAUUUUCAUGUGAAUGGAUGUCACAUCAUAUUUGACACACAUAAGAUUUCAUAUUUACAAGACUGAGCAGAGGAAAUAACACUGUGCUAUGUCUGUGGGGUGCAGUGAUCGGUGUCGUCCCAGCGUUGCUCAAAGUGGUACUUACUUCCUGUUCUUUCAGGUAUGAAGAUGCGGUGAGCAAAUACGAGGCAGUGAUGAAGACCGAGCCCAACGUGCACCACUUCACUCUUCUCGCCAAGGAGCGAAUAUGUCACGCACUGGCACAAGUAAGACUUCAUGCUGCUACUUUGACAUAUAUUCAAACAUAUGUUGAAGUCACUGAAAAAUAAACUAACCUAUGUGUUCCCCACGUGGCGUAACCAGGGCCAACAGGGGAGCAGAGCAAUCCAGGUGUGUGGUGAAGUCCUCCAGUCCAACCCUGAAAAUGUGAACGUGCUGAAGGACAGAGCUGAGGCCUAUAUACAGGAGGAACAGUAUGAGGAAGGUAAGCCAGACUGAUGGAGCUGAUGCUGAUUAUACUAUUUUCUUGACUUCGUUGAGGGGAAAGGACAGACAGUGGAGCCACAAACAUGGAGCUGAGGGCUGAAGGUGGGAGUCAGACUGGACUCAGGCCUUUUUAUAUGCAUAUUGUAUCCCUGAGCUAAACCAGUACCCUGGGGCACCUGCCUCUACUUUCAUUCUGAGAACCAGGGUCACACUAAAUACUGCCGAAUUCCCCAUUUAUCACUAUGAAUUUAAUCAAUUUAAUUAAUAGUUUAAAUUUAAUGAUAAAUAAAUGAUUAAAGUGUAUUUAAAUUUAUUAAAAGUUUGUGGCUGCUUUGUAAUUUAUUAAAGGUGGAAAUAAUUAUGACAGAUUUUUUAGCAGUUGUUCUGGCACAAGCUUUAAUCACUCAGCAGGAUGAGAAGCUACUUAAAUAGUUUGAUGAGAAAAUAAGAAAAUACAGCUUUGUCCCUAGGGGGCGCCAAAAUGGACACAAACUGAAAGUUCCUCACAGGAGCUUUAAGAUUAUUACUUUUACUCACAAUAUCUGGUCUUCUACGGUCAUUAACUGAAGCACUGUUAGCUUUAAGUGAGGCAGUGUUAGUCCCCUUCGCUGUGGUUGGUGGUUUAAUUUCUACCCACUACCCUUUGCUGCAUGUCUCCCCCCAACUAUCCACUCCCUGGGAUUUCUGUUUCCCUUCGGGUGUCCCAUCCAACAAAAGCAAUGUUUUUUUUUUUCUUUUUAAGGUUGGCAUUUAUGCCUUUAUUAGAGUCGCAAAGAUAAGAUGGACUUUAUUGUAUCCAUUAAACUUCACUGCCGUUUGUCUCGGGCAGCACUGUAAAGGGAAAAAAAGCACAGCACACAAGAUGGCAAACAAAAUAUUGUAAAUAAUUAAGCUCCUUAAAUAUGCACAAGAGUGUAAAACCUUCAAGAAAGGCUGUAAAAAAAAAUUAAAACAUUAGUAAAAUGAAAGUUUAAUAUUGUGGAUCAAAACAUUUCGUGUUCCGAUGGCAGAGGGUUUGAGAUGUGAUGGAAAGAAAGCUUAAAUCAGUUUUCUUAGCACACUAACAUCUAUCUGUAGGUAAUAACUUCAAUUCAGGAUACAACAUGUGUGAUUUUAUUUUUCAUAAAUAGACUGAUAAAUGACUUUUUCCUCCUUACACUUUCUUCAGCCAAAAACUGGCAGGAAACGCAGGGAGUAGAAAAUAAGGGAUGAAAUACAGCAGGGGGUUUUGGCUGAGAGUCGAACCAGCUGCUGCUGCAGCAAGGGCAGCCGCCUCUGCAAAUGGAGUGCAAACCAAGCUAAACCAACACCCUCACACUGAUACACAAAUGUGAUCUAACAAAACCAACCUCUAAAAUGAAUACACACAUUGAGCACAUCAUUUAAUUUACUGCUUCAAAAGUAGAUAUUGUAUGAAACUUCAUGUAGCCUGUAUGUUGUAAUAACUCUGUCAAAGUGAAGAAGCCCAACAAUGAGUUGCUGUUACCAAAGUCCAACACAAGGGGCCCUUAUAACACUACAAACACACAAACAUACACACACACAGUGAUGUAAUUCAAAGCAUCAUUGACAUGCCAUUAUUGAACUUGGUGUGGGUUUGUUUAUGUCUACUGGAAAAGAAAAGUGAUUUUUAUUUUUAAUGUAAACAUCGGCAGCUACUGUCAGGCAGCAUGAAGUGAGGGGGACGCUUGUAUCCAAUUAAAUUUUACCUCAUUUAACGCAAUCUCUCCAUUCAUCACUAAAUCUAUUUUGACUCUGAAUUUGAAUACGCACAAUCGAGACUGAAUGUAGAUAAAUUCUGCAAGGGUUUUCCGUAUCUAAUCUAGUUAAAGCGUUUGACUCCUAUGUCCAAAGCCUGAAAUAGAAAAUGUGAUUUGUCAGAGCAAGUGAAAUGAGAAUUAGGUGUGGAGCACAGUAUGUGAGAAGAAAACGCCGGAUGUGGAGCUGUCCUGCAUUUCUGGCUGAAUUUAUAGAGUUUUUUUGUUUGUCAAGCUUAAAGGCAUUCCUUGGUGGUAUUGCCAAAACACACACACACAAAAACACACUCAGACACAGCACUUACCAUCUCCAUAAAGCCUUUUGCUGGCUGAGAGGGAUUAGGCUGAAACAACGGUCCCCUCUAUCUGUUGUCAAAUGUCAGGAAGUCCAGAGAUGGCAGGUGGUGAAAUCCCCUGGAAUAGUCGGUGUUCCAGCCAUCAUUUCACCUGCCACCUGAUGUUCAGUUUCCACCCCACAAUGUGGAUAUUUUGGUCUACAUCUCUGCCUACAUCUUCUGUUUAUCUGUCAAUUAAGUUUGAAAUUCAGCAUAAACCAUCCCACAGCCCGCCUCUGUUCCUGUAUGCACAAACCUCGGUUUCUAAAGAAUGACUUUCACUCCAGCUGCUCGGAGCAACACAAAUCUGAAACAUCCAGACACAGUCAUCGCUCACUUUGACUAUCAAAUGAAUACUGGACAAAAACACCGGAAUAAGAGUUUUAAAAAAAUGUAGCCCAAGUGCCAGCGUGGUGAACCUGGAAAUAGUUUCACUUUCCAACCGUGAGAUUUUGGUGAUACUGUGUUAGUGCAGCAGAUUCCAGCACUCCCUGAUAGAUCAAAAACCUGUCAUGUUAUGACUCAUAAGCAACCGCUGUGAUACACACGAGUUUUCACACAAGUCUUUUUUUAUUUGUGGAUUAUUUUUCCACGGCCUUCUGCUAGCUCAGGCUGAAAUAGAGGCUACCACAGAGAACACACACAUGAACCUACCUCUCAUAAUGUAUUAUAAGCAUAUUUGUAAAUACAUCUAUAAUAGCCCACAUUCAUCACAGCUUAUAGCAGUGUUUGUUUUUAUUUCUUGUUUAUUUUCAAUGCAUCCCUCCCAUUGAGCAUUUUUUGGUCUAAAAGAGGUCUAAUAGACGUCUAAAUGUUGCCUAGACGACGGGUCUAAAAUCAGGCUACCACGGGUCUAAAAAUGAAAAUUUUUUUAGACGUCUAAAUUUAGACCAAGUUUAGAUGACUGCCAUUUCAAUAUGUCCAAGCAUCCCUACUCAUAGCCACGUUAUUAAGGUAUGUAAUAGACAAAACCAUUUGUAAAUCUGUCAAGAUUUUAGCGAGUUGAAAGUAUUAUUGAUCAUGCAAAUUACUCACCUUCCGUCGGCUACCAUACAAUAUCCCAGAAUGUUAUACUGAAGUAAGAUGGCUGCCAUGUAGGGACGCUGGUAAAGUUUAGAUGGCUGGUCUAAAAUCAGGCUACCACAGGUCUAAAAAUGAACAUUUUCUUUAGUUGUCUAAAUUUAGACCAAGUCUAAAUCUGGCCUAUAUUUAUACUACACUGUAUAUUGCUCAACAGCUAUCAUAAAUAUUUUGGUUAAGUACUUGGAGAUCAGUUAUGCAACUCACAGUUGCUUUUUGAAAUAAAAAGUCAUCCAAUAAUGGAUCAAAGUGCAACGUCUCAAUUCCGUUUAAAAAUAUACAGAAUCUAGACAGUUGAAAUUAGGUCUAAAAAUAAAAAUCAGUCGUCUAAUAAGAAGAAUAAGAAAAACUUUAUUAAUCCCUGAAGGGAAAUUCAGUUGUCGGUCAUCUCAUUUGUCAAGUCUUAACUAAAAGUCAAAUACUAUUUACAGAAGAGUUGUACAGUCUGAUGGCAGUGGGCUUCUUUUUCUUCGUUUCUUCUUUUAUUAAUAUUUGUAGUUUCAAGAGCGGUUGUAAUGACUGCAUUUCCUCCCACGAUCAGAAGUACUUUAACUCAGAUGAUCAAUUCACCAAAUUGCCAAAAAUGAGGAAAAUGAAAGUUUGCCAGAGCAGUAAAAUAGAGCCGCUGUGAAGAGAUCCUUGAAAAAGAAAAGUUCUACCCUCUGUUGAUGAGUUUUCAGAAUAAUAUAAUUGAUGUUUUAUCUUCUUUUAUAUCACCAAACAGCUCAGAGAAGUGAUACAUAAAAAAGUCAACACGAACUAAAACAGCAGAUAAAAGAACAUCGAAGGAGAGGGCUGAAAAACUCUGUAUCAGAGCUAAUUGGAGUACAUUUCAUCUGGAAUAAAUGCCAGCUCUUUAUCCUCAGAUUUACCACCAAUUAGAUGAAAUGACGGAAUCAGUAUGUUGACUCAAAGAUCCAAUGAAACCAACAGCCGAGGCCGUAUACGUCCUCAUAACACGGCAUGAACGCAUCAGCGAGAGGAGAGGUCAGACCACAUGUGGGCUGUUAAAUUGUCAGAACCCAUGGGUGUUUACUUCACCUGAGUGCACCUCAGAGGGUAAACAAGCUUCAAAGCUCUCCAACAUGCCUUCACAAACAACCUGGAGCUGCUGCUGCUGCCAGAUCAGACUAGGAUUGGCCGCACUUCAUUCUUAAAUUAAGCACAAUAGUGAAGGACUGGAUUGAUGAGGACAUAAGUGACAUAAUAUCAGACUAGGGCUGGGCGAUAAAUCAAUAACGAUAUUUAUCGAAAAUUAAUUUCCCUCGAUAUCUGUGUAAAACAUGGUCUAUAUGCUUUUCGAUAGUUAGCAUUCUGCCGUGUUUUUGUUGACUAUAUGAAUAGCCAAUGAAAAGUGGAGUUUCUCCGGGUCCGCUUCGCACUGAACCAAUCAUGUGCUGAAUUAGAACCAAGGAGCAAACAACUGCGUAGUAGCGGGCUGCAGCUACACGCAACCGUAGCACUUUAACACGUGAAGCCGACAGCACUGAUGGUGAGAAAAAAAGAAAAUGAGUGCUACCCCCGGCAGAAAUGCAGGUGAAGGCUCAACAAAUGAUGACAUCGUCGACAACACUGGCACAAAAAUGUUGGUGGUGUGGAGGUAUUUUGGUUUUUGAGAUCGGACAUGAAGCAGAGUUAUGUGCACUGCAAAUUAUGUCGAGUACAUGUUCUCGCAAAGUCGGGCAAUACCUUAACUCUUUUUCACCACCUGAAGCAGUGCCAUGCAGCAGAGCACGCACAGUUCAAAAGGUUGGCACCACUGCAGCCGAAACAGCCAACCAUUCCGCUUUCUCUGGCGCAACGCCUCACGACAAAACGUCGGACACAAAGACCUCACAGAUGCAAACAUGAUACCAACAAGCACUGUUAAAUUUUCUUUCUCUAUAUCAUGAUAUAUAUAUCGACAUCGGCUGGUAUAGAGAAAAAUAAAUAAAUAAAUGUAUAAAUUAAACAUAUCCUAAUAUUCAGACUGAAGUAACCAGAAGUCCUGGUGUUGGUUCAAAAUGGGCAAACUAAGAAAAUGAAGGUACGCAUUAAGAAAUAAUAUCAACACAGUGAGCUGAUUCAUGCCAGUUCAUGGACCCUGAAGCCGGAGAUAUUUCCAUCAUAGGGAUGUCUUUAAGCUCUGUACUUCACUUUCAUUUCACUGCUGCAGACAGGAAAGUAAUACCGACCGGGUCCUGCUUUUUUGUUUUCCAGCCAUUAAGGACUACGAGACUGCAGGGAAACACAGCGAGAAUGACCGUCAGAUAAAAGAAGGCCUGGAGAGAGCUCAGCGACUUCUCAAACAGUCUCAGAAGAGGGAUUAUUACAAAAUCCUGGGAGUCAAGAGGUGGGAUAUUUUUCAUACUGCUGUGUUAUUAUUCUGGCCAGAGAAAUUUGUUGGUACUUCUGGGAGAAAUAAAGAAGAUUACAGUUAGAAAACAGUAUCGGAAAAAGCAGUUUGUGUGCGUGUUUUGAGAUAGUGUUGAGCAGCUGCUGUUCCUCACAAAGCAUUUGAAACCCUGGUAGUUAUCCUCAUGUUUAAAAUGAGGACAAAAUAUAUUUAAAUGCAAUGAAAGUUCACUCAAGUUACACAGUCCUUGUGGAAACAUAGACCCUUGGGCAAAUAUCAGUUGUGAAUCUUCAGUAAAUGUACUCAAAGUCCUCUUUCCAUUGUCCCAGAACGGCCCAGAAAAAAGAGAUAAUCAAAGCCUACAGGAAACUGGCCCAGCAGUGGCACCCCGACAACUUCCAGGACCCAGAGGAGAAGAAGAAGGCGGAGAAAAAAUUCAUCGACAUCGCUCAGGCCAAAGAGGUCCUCACUGACCCUGGUAAGAAGAGUUUGGGCUGCAGAGUCAGAGGUGAAGUUGUUACAGCGAGUCUCGAAAUGUCAGACCUCUGAGGGGCCGCAGUAAACAGAUCAUAACUUGAGAAUCAUCCAAGAAGCUUGAGGAUGGAUUUUUUUACGGAGCAACAUUUCGAUUCAGUGAAAUACUUGAAGAAUUUGCACAUCAGUAACAAGGUUAUUCUCACAUAGUUAACUAGCUGCUAAACAAAUUAACCAUGAUUGAAAAUUCACUUUGAUUGUAGCAAAAUGAAACCAGUGUGUUUGUUUUGUGUAAUUUUAUUUACUUCGUGCAGCACCUGUACUUACAUCAGGCUGAAUGGGCCAAAUGUUAAGCCCUCAGCAUAUUCAAGUACCAUCAUAAAUACUGUUAUGUUAGAGGUUAGGAGACUUAAGACUAAUGAUUUUUGUGUUACUCGCAUCACCCUGACAAGCUCUUAGAAUGUUAAACUUGACCCCCCAUCACUGUGUCCUUGGACUGAUCGGCCUCAGUUGAUUGAUUUUACUCUGAAUCAAAUUUUAAGUUUUGAGUUUGUGUUCAAAUGUUUAUUUUGCCCUCAGCUGAAUUAAAAAAUGAUUUUAAAAAUAUUUUCACAUUUUUUAUCCUGAUUUUUUUUCAUUUUUUAUUUCAAAGGAUGUAAUAAUUCAUAAAAAACACUCUGUUUGGUCCUGACUUAGUCUCUGGUCUUUUCUUUCAGAGAUGAGAACAAAGUUUGAUCACGGAGAGGAUCCUAUGGAUCCAGAGAGCCAGCAGGGCCACCAUCAUCAUCAACACUUCCAUGGGGGCUUUCAAGGCUUCCAGGGCUUCAACCCCUUUGGCUCCGGACCCUUUAACUUUAAAUUCAACUUCAACUGAGGAAGCCCAGAUCCAGCUCAGCUGGAGACUUUUUAUUUCCCUCCCUAUUUAAAAGGGAGAUGGCCCGCUCAGGAAUGUGGGGCAUACCAAUCAGUCUCACAAAAACAUGGAGCACGUUGUGACCUUAAUUAAAGAUGCAUUCUUGUUUCUGAAUGCUACAACUCUGAAUUCUGUUUGUGGAGGAUCUGUUGCUAUGCUAACAAAUUUCUGCCAUGUGGGAUGCACCCUUUAUCUGUGCAGUGUAAGUGGUUAACCUUACACUUCAAUUCUGUCCUUCAAUUGAAAACUGCAAUUCACAUUCAUUCGUAAGAUUCAAUUUGUACAUAGGCACAGUACUAUUUUUAUAAUGAAUGGAGUUGUUCUGAACUGUAAAUAAAAGCCUAUUUAUGUGAAUGAACAUGGA